AUGGGUGAAGUGCAGAAGGGGCUUCUGUCAGUCAUCCAAAAGCUUAAAGGUUCUGAAGAGAGAGACUUGAGGAUUGUUCUACUGGGACUGGACAAUGCUGGCAAGACCACUUUGUUGAAGUGCCUGGCGUCGGAAGAGGUGGACACCAUCACCCCCACACAGGGGUUCAAUAUCAAGAGUGUCCACGCUCAUGGUUUCAAGCUCACUCUUUGGGACAUAGGAGGACAACGGGCCAUCCGGGCCUACUGGAAGAAGUAUCUGGUCAGCACGGACAUAUUGAUCUAUGUUAUUGACAGCGCUGACCAGAAACGGUUUGAAGAGACUGGGCAGGAGCUGUCGGAAUUAGUGGAAGAAGGCAAUCUCAUUGGUGUCCCUUUGCUGGUCUUUGCGAACAAGCAGGAUCUGGCAACAGCAUCGCUUGCCGCAGACAUUGCUGAAGGACUGAGCCUGCACACCUAUCGAGACCGGCCGUGGCAAAUCCAAGCCUGUUCAGCCAUAUCUGGUGAAGGAGUCCAGGAUGGCAUGAACUGGAUGUGUAGCCAGAUCUCAAGCUGGAAGAAAUGA